AUGGCGCAGAAGACCGAAGAGCGUAGCCGGCUCGAGGAGUACAUUGAUAGAAUUCACUACUCCGAUCGAUACUCGGACGACGUCUAUGAGUACCGCCAUGUCAUUCUCCCCAAGCAGCUCCUCAAGAUGAUACCCAAGUCCUUCUUCAGUCCCGACGACAGUGGCGUCUUGCGCCUCCUUAGCGAGCAGGAGUGGCGAGGGAUCGGCAUCACGCAGAGUCUUGGUUGGGAGCACUACGAAGUGCAUGCACCUGAGCCCCACGUGCUACUUUUCCGCCGGCGAAAGGAUUAUGUGGCCCCCUCUCAUCCCCCCGCGCCCGCAGUGGGCAAGUACACCCAGGCGAAGGCGUCGAGGAAGUGA